AUGGCGAGUUCCCCCCCAUCCGAGGCGGAUGGGGGGCCCGCGAGCCGGCCCCCGAGCCGCUACGCCGCGCAUUUUACGGCAGCCCGCGCCGCGCGAUCGGCGCCGGGGCAUCGCGCCGUACUUUUCAACCCCCCGCCGAGGGCCGACCCCCCCGAGGGGGCAAUCCCAGCGGCGCUCGACGCGGCCCCCCACCACGCCACGAUGGCCCGCCUUCACGAUAGCCUGGUCAGCCAAGAGCAGCUCAAGCGCGAGAACCAAACGCUUCGCGGCAAACUGAAAGGCCUCGAGGAGGAGCUCGCUGAGUCCCGGCGGGUGAUUUCCGCGCAGCUGAGCAAAUUAGCCACCGCCCGGGCCGCCGCCGCGGCGUUACGCCAGGCGGAGGGCGAUUUGAAAGCCCAGCUCGAGCGAUCCAAACGCCACGCCCGGGCGAUGGAAAGCCACCACCGGGAGGAACUCAAAAACCUCCACACGCAGUUCGAGCGCGCAAAGGCCUUCGACGAGGCCCAAAUCGCGGAUCUCCAGGCGCGGUUGGAGGUCGGGCGCAAUCAACCCCGCACUCGGCCAAUCCCACCCAACCCGAUCCCAGGCCAUACGAGCGAUUCCUCCCCCGUUUUAGCCCCGGCCCCGCCGGAUUUAACUCCCCCCGCGGAGCCCCGGGGCCCCGAGGCCGAUUGUGAUGAUGCCCCGCAUUUAUCAACAUCGACCUCCCACGUUGAGCUCGUCCCUGUCAACUCCACCACGUCGGCCGCCCAUCUGGCCGAACAACUCAAGGCGUGGCUAUUUCACGAGCUCGCCGAGGGCUUUCCCAAACCCGAGGCUGCCGAUUCGAACUCAACGAGUGAGUUAAAUAUCGAGACGAAAGACCCCCCCAACGCGGAAAACAAAACGGACACGGCGGGCACUUUUGCGGUCAAUCCGCAGGCUCUUCUUGAAGCCGUCAUUCUCAGCAAACAAUAUGCCAUCCAGAAGCCAUCCGAUCCCGACUCACCCGAGGUGGAGGAUUUUAAAAGUUGUCAUUCGCAGACAUCGCCGCUUGAGCAAACGCAGUCGGGGUGGCAAAAUAAGGAUUUCGCUUUUUAG